AUGAGCUCGAUGGCUGAGGGCAAUGAGGGGUGGGCAGAGGAUGAGCUUGAUCUUGGACCGGAGGAGGAUGACAUUCAACAGUCCAAUCAGGAAGAGCUCGAUCACCCCACGCUCUCCCCAAUAGAACAACUGGGAGAAGAGCUGGACUCAACAAAAUACGCGCAGGAUGAGGUGUCCGUGAAGACCGCGGGUCCGCUAGAUACAAAUCUUCCGCACACUCCGCCGCAGCAGUAUACAGAGUAUACAGAGCUCAAUGUGACCCCAGGGAGUGUGGUCGAUACAGCCUCGAACCCUGACGACUCUCCCUCAUUACAUGAUUCUGCACUGUCUUCUCAGGAUAGUAGUGCCGCAGCAUUGCGCUCCUCGCGAGUGAGCCCGAGCCCGAGCCCAGCGCGUCGUCCGUUUGACCUCCGCUUCCAGUCGCGCUUAUCUUCCUCCCCAUUAAGCGCAUCAAGGUCUGGCUCGCCAUUUCUGUCACAUUUCCACUCUCGACAGUCUUCAAUUACAAGUCAGGUAUCGCCGAAUCUAGAAUCUGAACCAGAGCUCCCUCCGAACCCAUGGGAUGUUGUACGAUGGACGAAACUGCGGAAGAUCACGGGGCAAGCCUUUUCAGAGAUUGGCAAGCGGAACUUUGGAAAGCCAACAUGUUUGGCAGUCUCAACUCAUAUUGUGAUCGGCACCUCGAAAGGCAUAAUUCUCGUAUUUGACUAUCAGCAGAGCCUCAAGGCCAUUAUUGGAACCGGUACAAAUGCGGUUGAAUGCGGCCCUAUUACAUCUCUUGCCAUAUCAGCGGACCAUUCCACCGUCGCAGGUGGCCAUGAAUCUGGCGAUAUUUUCACAUGGGAAAUAUCGCGCUCAGCUCGACCUUUCCUGCAUAUUCCCCCACUCCCAGCGAGUCAAAUCGACACUCGAAUUGGCAAUGGUCACAUUUCCGGUUCUUCACUCAUUCAUCUCGGAUUCCUUGGAACUCGACGGACUGCACUUGUGUCGGCCGACACAAAAGGCAUGGCAUUCUCGCAUUUGGCAACACGAGGCAUGGGGUCAGUAGGACGUACUGUCAAAACAACCAGGAUUCUAGGUCGUUAUCCGCAAAUAAUAUCGCAUGACACCCAUCUGAGAAAGCCGAGUUCAAUUUUGGCAUUCUCUCCGCUUCCCCUUGGAAACGUGGAACAGAAGUCGGAUUCACUAGGCCUUGUCGCAAUGUUGACUCCCUAUCUUCUGGUAGUUGUAUCCACCACGCCUGUUGCCCAGACGCAGCACAAGGCACCGCGGCCCAGGGAAAUUCCAGCUCAUAGUGCACUGACUGGAGCGCUGGCCUGGUUCCCAGCAAUCAAACUGAAGGGCAAGGAUAGCGAACUUUCAAACACUAAACUUGUUUAUUGUUGGUCAAACGUGUUGACCGUGUUGGAAGUCACGGAAGCAGAAGGGGAGUUCAACGACCGAGAUAAGCCUCCUAACCUUGAAUUCAAAGCCCGCAGCAGGUGGAGGGCAGAUGAGGCCAUUGUGGCUGUUCAAUGGCUGAGUCGUUCUGUGCUUGCAGUAUUCACAAUCACGCAGCGAAUGCUCAUUCUCGAGGACUAUUCCAUGCAUGUCACUGAUUCUGUUGAUCUUGUACAUCGAUAUAUCUACCAUGCCGAUCUCUUUUCUUCCCAGCUUCAUACUUUGGUCGAGCAGCUAGAUGAAGAAGACACGUCCAUGCAUGGAGUGGUGGCCGAUGCCUUUUACAUGAGCUUCCGCGCCUACAAGGGGCGGCUAUUUUUGCUCGGUUAUAAUGAAGCACUGGUUGGUAGUCUUUCAAAUUGGGCCGAUCGACUCCUGGCGCUCAUGGAGGCCGGCGAUUUCAUUGGAGCUAUACGACAGGCCACAUCGUACUACACUGGCUCUUCGGAGAAGCUCACAGUAGGCCUCCCAGAAGAAGGUGACUUGAGAAAACCAAUAGUUCAAGAGAAACUUCUGGAGAUGAUCUCUGCGUCCCUCAAGUACGCCUUUGGUCGCAAUGCCGAGGCAGGUAGUGGGAGAUUGGACAUCCAGCAACUUGCAGAGUUGGCUGAAGUCUCCAUUGCUGCUUGUCUUCACAUGGCGGAUGAAGAGUUCCUCUGGGAGGAAGUCUUCAAUUGGUAUGAAGAGAACGAUUCUACGGGGAUCUUCCUUGAUGUGCUUGAACCACGCAUCAUUGAUGGGACUCUUCGCUCGUUACCCCCGGCCGCAGUCAAAGCUCUCAUCAGCCACUUUGUCAUUACUCACUCAGCUAGUCGCUUAGAGGAGAUUAUUUGCCUUCUCGACACCACAACAAUGGAUAUUGAUCAGGUCACGACACUGUGCAAAAAUUACAAUCUAUACGAUGCAUACGUGUACAUUUGGAACCGCUGCAUAGCAGACUACGUGAGCCCUCUGGAGGAGCUUAUGCGUCUUAUACCAGACACUGAGACCUUGGAUAAUGGGGACUUAGCCCUGGUGGAGAACCGGCGCUCGAAUGCGAUGAAAAUGUUUCCUUACCUGUCCUUUGUCUUCACGGGUCGUAUCUACCCUACUGGAGAUGACAUGGAGGAAGCGGAGGCGUCGCGGGCUAAAGUCAUCUUGUACCAGUAUCUGUUCUCCGGCCAUCUGAAUAGCGCAGAAUCUGGUACGGUUUCUCAGGAUGCUGACUCGUUCGCUCAGCUCCGGACAAUAUUGAAGUUUGAUGCUUGCAGUUUCAUGAGCAUGCUCAACGAAGCCUUUGAAGACAGUUUCUUGAAUGAUUCCGAGUCCGAAGAGGCUUCCACUUCGGGUAUUUCGAUCAAUCGUCAGUACCUGAUCAGCAUUCUACUUCAAGUCAUGGAUGUUUCAUCCUUCACUCCUUCCGAUACUAUCUACUUCGAUAUGUUUGUUGCACGCAACCUUCCCAAAUACCCCCAGUAUAUUCUUCUCUCUGGCACGACUCUGCACCUGGUCCUUGUCCGCCUGUGUCAGUAUCCUGACCAGGAAAUGGCCGAGGAUUGCGAGUUGAGUGCCGAGUACCUGCUGUCCUUCUAUCACCCACCGGAUAUUCAGACUAUGAUACCCCUGUUCAAGGAAGCUCGCUUCUUCAGGAUUCUCAAGUCGACAUACCGCGCUGAGAAACAAUACUCUCAAUGGAUCUUGACCUACCUUGACGACCCCAAUGACAAAGUUUCAAUCUUCAAUGCUUUGUAUGAUUGCCUUCGACCAGGAUCAACCGUCAGUAAGAAGCAGAGGAAAGAGGUGGUGGAUGUCAUCAAACAACAUGCUCGAGAAAUAGCUGCUAUCGAUGUAAACCAAACGGCACAGUCGAUGCAGGCCCUGGCCCCCGAAACUCACUCGACGUUCUUACAAGUUCUUGAAGAAGAUUACUUUAGUCAGUACCAGUAUCUACUGAUGCUUGUGGAACCCCAUGGCCAGAGUGGUGAUAUUCGAUCUGCGCCCGUCGAAAACGGGAUUGUUGAACGCUACGUCCAACUCCUCUGCAAGUACAAUCCAUCCCAUGUGGCUGAAUUUGUAAAUGGGCUGCGUGCUGGUGACAUCCACCUCGACGCAUUACUCCCGGCAAUUGAGGAGAGUGGGGCGAUCGAUGCCGCAGUGAUUUUACUUGCACGCCAGGGUCAACUGCGACCAGCAUUGGAUCGUCUGGUCGUGCACCUUAAAACGCUCGAGUCGGGCCUGGUGGGUAUUAUCCAGAGUGUAAGAGCAGCUCCCGAUGCUGCUAAUACGGAUGAGGCGAUCGAUGAUCUGAUCGAGUCCCUGAAUAAGUACACUGGUGUGGGAACUUGGCUCUGUCAGGGUCAAAGUAAAAUGGCCAAGCAGAGACGAGUGAGCACCAACGGCCAGCGUGGUGUACCGCCUCUCGAACAGCAAUUGGCGUUUGAUGAGAGUCUUUGGCUGGAUUUGAUCGAAGCCGUUGUUCACAUCGCAAGCAAUAUCUUUGCACUUUUGCGCGAGCAAAAGCCCGAGCCUGUUGUUUCUCUGACGACAUCCUUCCGUAUCUUAGUGCAGCAAGUCUUUACAGCUUUGCUAGCUAGCACCGUGAAAGCGGACGACUCAUCAUCUGGUGCACGCACUGACCUGUCCUUCCUUCGCAUACUCCGCGCAUUCCUUACCCGUGCCGCGACCUGGUCCCCUUCUCUCCUCGAGCUGCGAGCCGUACUGGCUUCCAUCUUCUCUGCCUAUUCUUACGAAAAGUCACUGCUGACGUUGGCUAACGGUAUGUUGGACCGCGACCUGUUCGUCCACGUAGAUGAAGUCACCCGGCUCCGGCAGCAAGGCUGGCGUCCCCGCGGACAGGUCUGUGAAAUUUGCCGACGAAGGAUUUGGGGGCCUAACGUGGGAUCAUCGUACUGGACGGCAUGGGAGACUAAGCAAGCUGAUGACCACCAACGUCGCAUCGCCAAGCGUCUCGAAGAGGGGUAUGAUCCAGCUGCCGAACGGGGUAAGGGCAAAGCUGCCGCCGUUGGAGCGGAUCACCCGCAUCAUGACGAGCAUGCCGACGUGAACUCUGACCAAGAAGCAGAGACAGGAGGUGAACCUACUUCCAUUGAGGACCUGUCUCUAGAACCGGCAGUUAUCUUCUCCUGCCGACACCUUUACCAUCGUCAGUGUGUUCUCCAAGCUAUCAAUGGUUUAUUCCGGCCGUCCGAUGGAAACAGAUUCCCGCGCGAGCAUCCCGACUGGCCCGGAGCUGAUCUCUUCUGUCCGGCGUGUACAUAA